AUGAAUGAGAUUAAAAGGGAAGUCUAUAAAGCCCAGGCCCAGCGGAAGGCCUUCUCCACCUGCACCUCCCACCUGGCCGUGGUCACCUUGUUCUACACCACGUGCAUGUUCAAUUAUAACCGGCCCAGCUCCGGACAUCCCUUGUAUGUAGACACCCUGGCUUCCGUUCUCUACAAUGUUGUCACGCCCAUGCUGAACCCCCUCAUAUACUGCCUGAGGAACAAGGAGGAGGCGCUUUGGUUUCAGAAAACUUUUCCCAUUCACAAGAAGUAUCCAAAUGGUUCAUCACUGACCUACCGCCCCAACAGCAGCACUUGCUGGAAUAUUGAGAAAGAUGCACCCGAGCAGGAGAUGGGGAAUUGGACAGCUGAGCUGGGUUUCACGCUCCUGGGCUUCUCUACUUUCCCAGAACAGCACAAAUUGGUCUUUGUGGCACUCCUGGCUGUGUACCUCACAGCUCUGGUUGGCAAUGGGAUGAUACUGAUCAUUGUUCAGCUAGACUCUGGCCUCCAAACCCCUAUGUACUAUCUCCUCCAGAACUUAUCCUUCCUAGACAUCUGCUACAUCUCUGUCACACUGCCCCAGAUGCUGAAUAACCUCCUGGAAGAGGAUAAGGCCAUUUCCUUCCAGGCCUGCUUUACCCAGCUCUUCUUCCUCAUCACCUUCGUGGGAGUCGAGUGCAUCCUCCUAGCCAUCAUGGCCUACGACCGCUACCUGGCUAUUUGCCACCCGCUGCGCUAUGCCGCCCUCAUGAGCAGAAAGACUUGCCUGCAGCUGGCGGUGGCCUCCUGGACCUGCGGCCUUCUCAACUCGGCCCUGCACACGGGCCUCACCUCUGUCCUGCCUUUCUGUGCCUCCCACCACAUCGCCCAUCUGUUCUGCGACGUCCCCCAGCUCCUGAAACUCUCCUGCUCGGACACCUCCCUCAACAAGGUGGUGCUGCUGGCCGUGACAGUGCUGCUUGGCGCCAUUCCCUUCCUCUGCAUCGUGGUGUCCUACGUGGCCAUCACCAGGGCUGUCCUACAGAUCCGCUUUGCCCAGGCCCAGCGGAAGGCCUUCUCCACCUGCGCCUCCCACCUGGCCGUGGUCACCUUGUUCUACACCACCUGCAUGUUCAAUUAUAACCGGCCCAGCUCUGGACACAAUUUGUAUGUAGACACCCUGGCUUCUGUGCUCUACAAUGUUGUCACACCCAUGCUGAACCCCCUCAUAUACUGCCUGAGGAACAAGGAGGUGAAGGCAGCUCUGAAACAUGUAAUAGGGCAAAAAAAUUCCUCUCUGAAAACAUGA